AUGGACGGCGCGAAGGAGGUGCUGGCGGCGACGGUACCAAUUGGGGAUGAGGGAAGGACGACGGUUACGUACGAUGCGACGACUUGGACGUUGAGCGUGAGGAGCGAAAAUUACGCGUCGGAUGAGGUGGAAUCGUAUAGCACGACGUCGAUAUUGAACACGCUUAAAACGCUCACGUACGUGCACAACGGAGAGAACAUCGCGAUGACACCACGAGGAGUGACGGCGAUCGUUACGGAUGCGUCCGGGCGGAUGAGCGCGCCAGCGUUGGCGACGAUCAAGAUGAGUCGGACAAACGCGGCGCCUGUGCUCGAUUUGAACGGACCGCGAGACGGACAAACGUACUCAGUGGUGUUAACGGAGAAAGAGCGUAUGAUUGGGGUGAGGCUGACUGAUGUGGAAUACGCGUGCGGUGACGAUGACGACGUCGUCCUCGCAAGCGCCGCCAUUGCGAACGUUGAUGUUGGGAGUCUUCCAGACGGUGCGGCCGAAUAUAUUUCCGCAGACACCACGGGAACGAGCAUCGCAUCGGCAUGGGACUCCACGCAAAAGAGAUUAUUGCUUUCAAACUACGACAGCGUGACAAACUACUGUAAAGUUAUCGGCACCAUUCGUUACCACAACGAAGGAAGCGUGGAACAAGUGACAGGAUCGCAGUAUGAAGGAGGGGGAGAUCAAGUCUCCAAUAAUCUUAAAUUCACAGCAGGAAUUCGCGCGUUUAACUUCACACUCACGGAUUCUUCCGGUAAUUCCGUCACGGCAACUGCGAACGUUGACGUGCAAGAAUCUUCUCGCGUCGGCGAUGCUUUGUACGACGAACUCAUCACCGAUCCGUUGUUUUGCAACAAUAACGGUAAGCGCGGAAAGAACUCCGCUGUAUGCAGUUGCACUAUUAUUCCGCCCGCGGUAGAGUCCGAAUACUCUGGUGAUGCGUGCGAAACGCACGUGUGUUCGGAGCGCGGCACGUACGAUCGUCCGACCCAGACAUGCGACUGCAUCGAUAGUUUUUCAGGUAGCAACUGUGGGAUCGAGUGCAACGCGCACGGUACCUACAACUCCUCUACAAAUGUAUGUGAGUGUAACGUUGGCUUUACUGGGAGAGACUGCAGCGUCGUUUGUGGCGCAUGCUCAGCCGAAACUGGUACAUGCUCUCUCACCGCGACGUCAGAGGCAUCGUGGAACGCCGCGACUAAGGAGUACACUUUGAAGGAACCGCAGUGUACGUGCUCUUUAGGAUAUUCCGGUUCAUCGUGCACACAAGAGUGUCCUUGCGCAACGGAACCCUUGGCGCAACAAGGUACCUGCGGUGCCGAUGCAUCAGGUGAGGGUAUUUGUAUUUGCAAUCCUGGCUACACCGGCGCCGACUGCACUAUUGGAUGUACUGUCGAGUGUGGUACGUACGGAGAGUGCUACCCCCCACCAGAGCUUGCUGCAGGUAUCAAAGACAAACUGAUGGAAAUCUAUACCGAUACGACUAUAGGGGAUCAAUCUGCGCGUGAGGAUGCCGCCUUGGCAUAUCAGGAAAACAAUAUCACGACGUUGUGCAAAUGUCUUGCGGGCGCGGAUGGGAAACUUGUGCGGGCGGGAGCGACGUGCAACUUACCGUGUCCCGAUUGUGGCUUUGGUGAGUGUACUGAAAAUGCAACAUGCUCGUGCUUUCCUGGUUACACAGGCGCAGAUUGUUCGCAGGCAUGUAACGGGAACGGGGCCGUGAGGUACCUGACGUCCGAAGAAGUCGCAACGGUGACCGAUCGAUUUCCAAACGCGACUUCGACUGGGUUAUUCAACACGACAGAUGUACACGAGUACACGAGUCCAGAUGGACGAGAAAUUGCAUUUUGCAACUGCGAAGACGGAUGGACCGGAGAUUAUUGCGAAGUUCAAUGUGCCACGUGCUCCGCAUUUGGCACUUGCGUAUUCAACGGUACGCACGGCAACUGUGUGUGCUCUCCGGGAUUUACUGGUGCAGACUGCUCGAUCACUUGCGUACCAUGUGUCCAUGGGACGUGUGGACCGACAGGCGCGUGCGUGUGUAACGCAGGGUACUCUGGCAACGACUGCAACAUCGAGUGUGGUGAUGAUAUCUACUUGAGUCGAGGAACGAGAAACUUGAACGGCGCAUUGGACGGACUUGGCUUACUUGGCACCACGGUGACGUGUGAAUGUAACGAGGGCUUCACGGGCCCGAUGUGCAACUACAUUUGUCCUUAUUCGUAUAACGCCGCAAACGGCGUAUGCGUCAUGAAAGACGCAAACGAUGCGGACUUUGGAGAUCCGUGGAUGACGGAAGUCGUGUGCAAACCGGGUUGGACAGGCUUACCGCAAGUCAAUCGUCUCGCAGACGGGAGUGUCAGUAGAGGACGUGACUGUAACAAAGCAUGUGACGCAUGCGCCUUCGGGACUUGUCAGGACGACGGCGAGUGUGUUUGCGACUACGGUUACAUUUGGCAACCUGCGACGCGUUCGACGGCGGAUGUCGGCCGUACGGCUGCGGUGACUCCGUACCCGUGGUGGACCGGAGGCUCCAAUGGUGUGUUCGAAUCCGCUGAUAUUGGCGGUACAUCGUCCUUAUUUUAUGAUGCGGCAUACCACACGUGUGCAAUCAAGCAUCCGUGUUCCAUGAAUGGUGAGUAUGUAAACGCAACGUGUGCUCCGGGUUUCUCCAUGGUCGCGGGCACGGGACAGCCUUGGACGAAUGUUGAUCCAAACGGAGUCGGUGGAUACGGAUGUUCGGGCACUUUGGUAGCUGAUGGCACAUGUCAAGGUGGCGAAUACCUCGUCGCGAUGCCUUACGUGGAGAAACGAGUGGAUGGAUCGAUAAUUCGGGACCCCACUGCCUUGAAGUCACACACUGAGUGGGGGAUUAUCGCGGGCGCCGUGUGCGCUCCAGAUGAUAGUACAACUGGGCCACAAAUGCCCAUCACUGGCGGAUAUUGCGUGUGCGACGCCUUAAGCGUGGGGAGAAGUGAAUUCCCAAGCUCACAGUCAUUAACAUCGAAAGUUUACGAUGAAUAUUGGCAAGGUUGGGCCGGGUCCACUUGCGACAUCCCGUGCGCACCGUGUUCGGGAAAUGGCGUCUGCAAUUCGACCACGGGUACAUGCGACUGCGCCGAUGGCUGGACUGGGUAUCGUUGCCUAACACCGUGCGAGCCGUGUGUUCACGGCACGUGUCAGUACGACGGUAGUUGCCUGUGCGACGGAACGAGACGGCUUAGAGAUCACUCAUUCGCUCUGCGUCUUGAUCGCGAUCCACAUUACGCAACCAACGGUGAACUAGCUUCGGGAGAGUACAUUCCUCCUUAUUACAUGAGUGCGAUUCAAGUGGAAGACUACGUCUGGGGCGUCGAUUCCGUAUGCGCUGAUCGCCCUGACUGCGCGAGCCGCACAAUUGAUUCCAAGUUACCCUUCAGACCAAAUGAAACGUACUUUCGGUACGGUGUAACCACCGCCGCUGACGCCGUUGGGGCAGCCACUCGCACCGCACUCGAGGCGCAGCUUCUGCAGUAUCAAAACGACAUUGUCAACAUCCCCGAAUCAAUGCGCGCGGACGAUAUCUGUUCGAAAUUGGACUAUAAAAAUGACGCAACGACGGGCGAAUGCAUGGCUUCGCUCGCGUCGACCACAAACUGCGGCGACGACUGGGAAGCUGCCAAUCCUUGGGACUGCGACGACGCAUUGAAGGCGCAUUUCUUACGGAUGCGUAAAGAAGCAAUCGGAGCCACUCGAGUAGAUCUAAAAAUAGCGACAGAGUCAUCCGAUCAGGAGCGCUGGUACACAAACAGUAAAGACGAGCGACAGCGUUUGAUGAACGUCUUCCUAGCGGGUAUGUACGAUGCGACUAGUGGAGAAUAUGUGACCACGCGCACGACAGGCGCGGAUCGUACAAUGAUUUGGAUCAUCAAUACGCUUAUCCACGGUGUGAAUUCCGGAUUAACAGGCGCCUAUACGGGAACAACAUGUUCCAUUGCGUGCGACGCGUGUGAUCCAGAUCACGGGACGUGUCAACUGAAUGGCAAGUGCGAAUGUGAAACCGGUUGGUACGGAGAAAGGUGUGACAAGUCCUGCAAUUGCUUCAAAGAGUACGCCACAAAUGAAGAUGGUAGUGUUUCCGAAGUCAUCAAAACGACCGCACACGGAGUGCAGAUUCGAUCAUGGGGAUUCUGCAAGCGAGACGGGACUUGCGUGUGCGGUACCGACGAUGGAGGGGUACAAUAUUCUGGCGAAGAUUGUUUCGUACCCUGUGCUCCGUGCCACAACGGCGCGUGCCAAGCAGACAGCACUUGCCUUUGCAAUAAAGGAUGGUUGGGCACGACUUGUGACAUUCGAAAUUUUACGGAAUGUCUCCCAUGCAAUUACGAUCACGGCGCUUGCCUCACCGACGGUACGUGCAAAUGCGACGUCGGUUGGACUGGGUUGUCUUGCGAUGUUCAAUGUAACCCUUGCGUUAAUGGCUACUGUCAGAUGGACGGAUCGUGUGCAUGUCAAGAUGGUUGGUCGUUUGUCGACUGCUCUCGGCCCGAGGCUUCUUCAUUCAUCGUCAAAUCUGAAUUCACGGAGGGACCAGAGGGCUGGACGGUGUACAAUAAUUCGUGCUCGGGUGAGCUCGCCGAAUCAAUUUUAUCUGGCAAUGUCUACGACCCGUUCGCGAUCAAUUCGGAGCAAUUGAUGCGCGGAGAGUGCAAUUUUGCGUUCGCAGGUGGCGACAGCGGGUUACUCUGGGAAGGGAUAAGCGGAUAUCUACACCUCACGGACAAGUUGACGGACGAUUCCACGAACGGACUCGCGUACUUGCGCGCACCCGAAAAAUUCACGGGUGAUUUGCUGAGUAAAAAUGCAUACGGCGCUUCGAUAACGUAUUCAUUGUAUAUGGUGGAGUCAGCGGCAAAUUCUGCGGCAAACGCGGGGACCGCGCAUGUGGAGGCGCAUCAAACAUCGGCGUACGAUAUCAUUCUCAUGGGCGGUCGACCGCGGUACAACCGCGAAGUGCCAGUGUGGGGUUCUCGCGAUCAAGUGUAUAAUUGGAGCCGAACAAAUUUCCCAGAGCUCGGGCUGAAUCAGCAACUCUCGCGUGCGCAGACCAUAGCAAUCGUGGAACAGUACCUCAACACACCGCAAGUCUUUCUUGGAUAUAAAAUUGACUCUGAUCAAAAGGGGUAUCCGCCGACGUCUUGCUCUGCGGCGAGAUGCGGUUUGAAUUUCAAGGUUGAUCUCUUGGAAAGUGCAGGAUGGAAAAACCUGGAGCCAGUCCUUUCAGGGUUCAAGUGGUCGAAUGAUCCCGCUGUGCAUUACAUGGACGGAACGGUCUACACCACUCGAACCUCAGGUAAUCCCUAUGACCCAUUUUCCGGUUUGACGGCGGCGACGCUUAACUUAGCUGCAGACAUACCCAUCGUCACAGAUACGACUGGUCGAAGUGAUGGUGGUACAGUACUACAGCAAUCGAGUGGUAGAGAGAUUGCGCGAGAUCGCCUCGACUUUGAUGUUUAUCCAGAGGUUUACGAGGCAGUUGUGGCGAACCGUCUAUCGCGGACUGGUAACCCUGCCACAUUUAGCGAUCUUGCUUGGUGCUUGGCGUCGCUCACAGAAAUUUUGGUGCGAGCCGACUAUUACGUUCAAGAAGCAGUGGAUCCUUCGGCCACAGUUGUGGGCGAGUCCAUUCGGUUCGAUUCGUUUGGUAUCGGGACGUUUGUGGACGUGAAUGCCGAAGAACAACGUCAAAUCUCGCUGUUCAACUACUACAGACAAUACAAAAACGAUUACUCUGUCGCGUACCUCGAUGAGCUUUACGAAAGCAUGCGGCCGAGUGUGUGUAAGGGCAAAUGGUACCUCACCGGCGAUCCAGACGCGAGUUUGGGCGAUGCGUGCAAGCAAGAUCCGGCGCAGCUGCGCGUCACGUGCGCUGGGAUUUUCGACACUACCACCACCGAACUUGGAGAUUAUUGCGUCAUCAAAUGCCCUGGAUACGACGUCGCGGCGGGAACGACGUGUUCUGGUUUCGGAACUUGCGGGCUUAACGAUGCGAACGUACCGACCUGCACGUGUAACGAAGGCUACAGCGCCUCCACGACGGGAUGUGCGUCCUCUGGCGCACGAUAG